AUGGUACCCCAAUAUAUUGAGAUCCAGGAUCAUGCGAAGAACUGCAUUUUUAGAGCGCUGCUCCCUGAAGAUAAAACAGGCCUUGAGGAUGUCCUUCUGGCAUUGGAUAUCGAUCACGGGUUAAAAAAAAGGGCUGGGGGCCAGGGGAAAAUAUGGACUGAGUUUGGAAUUGUAUUGCUGCAGAAGGAUGGCACGGAUUAUGUUCGAAUGGUCUUUACCAUCAAGUGGAAUCUCGCAAGUUCGCUGGAUCAUGUCGCCCAGUCCAAUAACAAAAUCCCUUCCUUGAGCAAGGUACUGAGCACCUACUUUCCGGAUCCAAAUGCCACGAAGUUAGAUACAUGGUCGCCACAAGAUUUCUACCAAAGUGUCCAUACUCCCAGCAAGGACGACAAGAUAGCAGCGAGUAUUAACACCAACCUAGAGUCAAUCUUGUAUCCCUUUCAAAAAAGAGCCCUCCGAUGGAUGCUCCAGAAAGAAGGGGUAGACUGGUCCGGGGUGGAUGUACGAGAGCGUGAUUUACGAGGCACCGGGACUGGAGACCUGCCAAUCUCUUUCAUCAAGACAAGGGACGCUCGAGGCAGGUUGUGCUAUGUAAGCCACCUUUAUGGCUGUGCAACUUUGGACCUUGAACCCUUCAGAUACCUAGAACGAAGCCUAAAGGGGGGCAUUCUUGCGGAGGAGAUGGGUCUUGGAAAAACUCUCGAAAUAAUAUCUCUGAUUAAUCUUCACAAACGUCCACAAGAACCUUCUACGUUAUUUGACACAUAUAUUGGCGAAGAAGUUCGGCCGAUAGCCGCGACACUGAUCGUCUGUCCGCCAUCUCUAGUACUGCAGUGGAUCUCCGAGAUACAAAGGCAUUCGAAUUUAAAGGUCAUGCAUUACGAGGGGAUCAAUAAGCUAUCCGGAGAGGUUAACACGUCGGAAUUAUUGGAUACCAUGACUACGUCAGACGUCGUUGUUUCGACAUACUCUGUUCUUGCGGGUGAAAUACAUUAUACGGCUUUAAAUCCCGAGAAGACAUUACGUAGGGAGUCGAAGUAUCCCAGGCCGAAAUCCCCCCUGAUGAUGUUUAGCUGGUGGCGAAUCUGCAUCGAUGAAGCUCAAAUGGUGGAGAGCGGGGUCAGCAAAGCGGCCGUGGUAGCUCGUAUGAUCCCUCGAGUUAACGCUUGGUGCAUUACUGGUACACCGGUUCGAAGAGAUGUAAACGAUCUCCUAGGUCUCCUGAUUUUCUUGCGCGUUGAACCCUUUGCCUCAAAAAAGGAUAUCUGGAGCUCGCUCAUCUCAGUUCACAAAUCCUAUUUCCGUCGCCUGUUUGGAUAUUUGGCUCUUCGUCAUAGCAAGAGGGAGGUACGAGACGAGCUCAGACUUCCAGCUCAGAGAAGAUACGUUAUUACAAUGCCUUUCACACCUAUUGAGGAGCAGCACUAUCAGGAGUUAUUCAAUCAGAUGUGUGAAGAGACAGGGCUGGAUACUGAAGGGGCCCCCCUAUCGGCGGACUGGGAUCCCGAUGUGGCAGCUGAACCCAUGAGAAGAUGGCUGGUACGCCUACGGCAGACAACCCUCCACCCAGAGGUUGGUGGAAGAAACAGGCGCGCGCUAGGACACAAGGACGGCCCUUUACGGACAGUGGAUCAAGUCCUGGAUGUGAUGAUGGACCAGACCGAUGUUUCCAUCCGGACAGAGCAACGGCUGCUUCUUACUUCCAAGCUGAAAAGGGGGCAGCUUUUCGAAAACUCCCCAAGGGUUAAGGAGGCUCUCAGGAUCUGGGAUGAGGUAGCUCGUGAAGCCAAUGAGAUCGUUCAGGAGUGCCGAGAGCAACUGCAGCAGGAGAUUGCUAAAAUCCCGACUGAGAUCAAGAAUUCUUCAGUCAAAGAAGAAUCAUCUGGAUCAGAUGAUGACCUUGAUACCCCUGAAGGGCAAGAGGAAGUUGCACGCCUUGGAGUGUUCCGAAAUCGAUUAAGGACUGCUCUGGAAAUAGAGCACGUGGCUAUCUUCUUCCGUGCGAGUGCUUACUACCAGAUCAAAACAAACCAAGAUAUGACGAAACCCGACUCGCCAGAAUUUCACGAACUGGAAAAGCUUGAGACAGAAGGUUACGAAGCAGCCAAGAAAUUGAGACGCGAAAUCCUGCAGGAGAUCUACCGGAAGGCUGAAAAACUCAUGAAGAGGGUAUCUAAAAGAGCAGAGGCACAAGACUAUGUCCAGAUUCCUGAAUUUACGACUAAAUUUCCAAAGGGAGGCAUCUUGAGUCGCAGAAUUAUAGAUCAGUUCGACACUCUCGCUGCAGCUCUAGAUGCACAGGCGAACACGCUUGAUGAGUGGCGCGAAAAGACAAUCCAGUUCCUCCUUCGGCCUUUGGUAGAUGAAGAAGAUGAUAAAGAGAUAACUGGUGACGAGUACGAAGAUUCUACCAAACUCCAAGAUGAAUUGAUGGGUUAUGUACAGGCUUUACGGACGGUAAUAGCUGAUCGUCACGACACCCUUACCGGGCAGGAGAACAAGUUGGUUGAAUAUGAAGUCAAGACAACACUGCGCAUGGCGAAGGAAAACGAGGGUGUAGUCCCCUUGAAGACUCUACAACUUCUUAAUAUUCGUCAAGAACUCAAACCUACAAAGGAAAUGGGCUCGUUACGGGGAAUUGUUGCAGAGCUUCGAGCAUUGGCAGCAUCAUUGAGGCCCGAUGCCGAGAACGGUAAUAGCCGAGCAGAAGCAGAACUCGCGAUUGUAGCGGAGCAACUCAGCUUGGCUCAAAAGCAAUUGAGCGAGCAGACCAAGGUCACGAGCGCACUAGAGAAAGAAGUCGAGCUGUUUACCAACGUCAUGAAUACCAGGCUAGAGUAUUACCGCCAACUUCAACAGGUAUCUGACAUGGUAGAGCCCUACGAUGGACCAAACGACGAAACUGUCCUAGCAAAAAUGCUGGAAAACGAAGAGAAACUAGCCCAUAGAAUUGCCAUGGCCAAAGCCAAACGACGCUACUUGGUACAUCUGAGAAUGGAGGCUGAAAAUCCACCAGAGCAGCGGAUCUGUGUAAUCUGUAGAGAGACCUUUGAAGUCGGAGCGCUUACAGUCUGCGGGCACCAGUAUUGCAAAGAGUGCAUCCGACACUGGUGGCACACCCAUCAUAAUUGUCCGGUGUGCAAGAGGAAGCUGGUCCAAGCGGAUCUACAUGAUAUUACUUAUAAGCCUCGAGAUCUCUCUAUUCAAGCCGAGGAAGUCCACGAAGUAUCGCAUGAAAGAGCUUUGCCAAGCCCUACAUCCAGAAAGUCGGCAAUCUACUCGGAGAUUAGCAAGAACAAACUCGCUGAGAUCAAGAAUAUCGAACUUGAUGGACCAUCAUUCACAACGAAGAUAGAUACCCUGGCUCGACAUAUAUUCUGGCUCCGGGAGACAGACCCUGGAGCGAAAUCCAUCAUCUACUCUCAGUUCAAAGACUUUCUUGAUGUCCUAGCUCGGGCAUUCCAAAGGUUCCGGAUCGGAUACUCUUCGAUUGAUAAGCCGAACGGUAUUGAAAGCUUCAAACAAGAUCCAGGUGUCGAAUGCUUCCUUCUCCAUGCUCGGGCACACUCGUCUGGCUUGAACCUGGUCAAUGCCAGCCACGUCUUCCUCUGUGAGCCGCUGCUGAGCACCGCCCUGGAGCUCCAGGCUAUUGCUCGUGUCGACCGUAUUGGCCAGCAGCAGGAGACGAACGUCUGGCUCUACCUCGUCGACGGGACAGUGGAGGAAUCGAUCCACCAACUCUCGGUGAAGCGACGCAUGGAGCAUAUCGGGCAGGCGAUCUCCAAAGACAAGGGCAAAGCGAAAGAGCUCAGCAUCGACGAGGUCAUCAAUGAGGCCGUCGACGAUGUCCUCGACAGCAGCAUCGAGGAGGCGAACUCCCUGGAGCUGCAGCAGGCGUCGCUGGCGGGCCUCUUAGCCAAGGGCGGCAAGGGCGGCGAGAUGGUCGAGAAGGAAGAUCUGUGGGAUUGCCUGUUCGGCGGCGUGAGUAGGCGCAAGAAGGACGCUGGGGACCGCACGAUCGAUACCCAUGAGCUGAGAGACGAACCGGAGAUUCGGAGACACCUGGUUGCGGAGGCGGCGGAGCAGCGCGCCCAGGAUAGUCUUGCUUGA